AUGCACAUCCCUGUAGUCAAAGCUUUAAAGUAUGUCAGCAAACGCACUUCGAGGGUUGAACCAACGACGCGAUUGGACGUAGUCGCGAGCACAUCGGAGCCGGCGAUCCAAUGGGAGGAUGCGGACUCGGUCUAUCAGCCUGAGAAGAUUCAGCGAUGGAAACGGAAUUCUGCAAGCACAACCCACGACGGCCGCUUCAUGUGCGACCUCUGCGAGAAGACCUACAAAUGGAAAGGCGAUUUGAAUAGGCACAUGAAGUACGAGUGUCAGCACGUGAUCGGGAAACCGAGCUUCGAUUGUCCUCACUGCGAUUACUCGACCGUUCGACCCUCGUACCUGAAGUAUCACAUGGAGGAGGAAUAUCAACUGGUGCAACGGCUCGAUGCAAGCCUUCAAGAGCUGCCAACGAUCCUUUCGGAGGACUUGGACCUGAUGUCCUUCUGCGCACCUUCGAUGUCGCUGUCACGGCCCAAGUCGAGGUCACGGGGUGGGGGUGGCGCCAGCGCUAGCUCCGACUCGGCUUCAACCGGAGAAGACAGGCCCUUUACCUGCGAGCUCUGUUCCAAAUCGUACAAGAGGAAAGUCCACCUCCAACGUCACGAGAGGUUCGAAUGCAGGAACGUCCUCGAGAAACCCAACUUCGGGUGCAGUUACUGUUCUUACAGCACCAGCAGGGUGGACAACCUCAAGUCUCACGUCAUUCUUCAGCAUCAUUUCAAAAAAGAUCAGAGCUGA